CGGGCCGGUGCGGCGCGGCCCGCGCGGGAGCCGGCGCGCCUGUGCGGGUACCUGCAGAAGCUGUCGGGCCAGGGCCCGGUGGCGGCUACCGCAGCCGCUGGUUCGUGUUCGACGCGCGCCGCUGCUACCUCUACUACUUCAAGAGCCCGCAGGACGCGCUGCCGCUCGGCCACCUGGACAUCGCGGACGCCUGCUUCAGCUACCAGGGCCCCGACGAGGCUGCGGAGCCGGGCGCCGAGCCGCCCGCGCACUUCCAGGUGCACAGCGCGGGCGGCGUGACGGUGCUCAAGGCUCCCAAUCGCCAGCUCAUGACUUACUGGCUGCAGGAGCUCCAGCAGAAGCGCUGGGAGUAUUGCAACAACCUGGACAUGGUCAAGUGGGACAGCCGGGCGUCCCCGACUCCGGGGGACCUUCCCAAGGGGCUUGUGGCCAGAGACAGCACAGAUUUGGUUUACCCACACCCAAAUGCUUCUGCAGAAAAAGCGAGAAAUGUCCUGGCUGUGGAGACAGUGCCUGGAGAGCUGGUGGGAGAACAAGCUGCAAACCAGCCGGCCCCGGGGCAUCCGAACUCCAUUAACUUUUACUCUUUGAAACAGUGGGGCAAUGAGCUCAAAAAUUCGAUGUCUUCCUUACGUCCUGGGAGAGGGCACAGCGACAGUCGGAGGACCGUGUUCUACACCAGCGAGGAGUGGGAGCUUCUGGAUCCGACCCCGAAGGACCUGGAGGAGUCCACGGUGCAGGAAGAAAGGAAGAAGCCAGCCCCGGAAGCGAGCAGAGGAGUGACUGGCUCGGGAUUCCCCUUUGAUUUUGGACGCAACCCCUACAAAGGAAAGCGCCCUUUGAAAGACAUCAUCGUGUCCUACAAAAACCGUCACAGCAGCGGCGACCCAUCGAGCGAGGGGACGGCGGGCGGCAGCGGUGGUGGUGGCGGCGGUGGCACCGGCAGUGGUGGCAGCAACGGUGGCAAGCUGGCCUCCGAGACGCAGCUGCAGGCGCAGAGCCAGCAGGAGGAGCUGGAGCAGCUGAGGAAAGACCUGGCCAGCCAGAAGGAGUUGGUGCGGCUGCUGCAGCAGACGGUCCGCUCGUCCCAGUACGACAAGUACUUCGCGGGCAGCCGGCUGUGCGAAGGGCCCCCCGCGAACGCGCUGGAGCUGCUGCAGCAGAAGGACGGGCAGAUCCUGGGCCUCGCGGGCCAGCUGGAGCGGCUGGGGCUGGAGAAGGAGGGCCUGCAGCAGGAGGUGCGGGCGCUCAAGCACAGCGUGGGCGAGCUCAACGAGCGGCUGGGCAUGCUCAUGGAGACCAUCCGCGCCAAGGACGAGGUCAUCAUCAAGCUCAGCGAGGGCGACGGCGGCCUGUCGCCUCCCGCCGUGCCCGGCUCCCCCUCGGCUGCCCCAGCCAGCAGGGACCAGCUGGAGCUGGACAGGCUGAAAGAUAAUCUACAGGGGUACAAAACCCAAAACAAGUUUCUGAAUAAGGAGAUUUUGGAGCUCUCAGCUCUGCGGAGAAAUGCGGAAAGGAGAGAGAGGGAUCUGAUGGCAAAGUAUUCCAGCCUGGAAGCCAAGCUGUGCCAGAUAGAAAGCAAGUACCUGAUACUGCUGCAGGAAGUGAAGACCCCGGUGUGCUCCGAGGACCAGGGGCCUGCCCGGGACGUCAUAGCCCAGUUGCUGGAGGACGCCCUGCAGGUGGAGAGCCAGGAGCAGCCGGAGCAGGCGUUCGUCAAGCCCCACCUUGUCAGCGAGUAUGACAUGUACGGGUUCAGGACCGUGCCCGAAGACGACGAGGAGGAGAGGCUGGUGGCCCGGGUGCGCGCGCUGGACCUGAAGACGCUGUACCUCACGGACAGCCAGGAGGUGUCCACGGGGGUCAAGUGGGAGAACUACUUCGCCAGCACGAUGAACCGGGAGAUGGCGUGCUCCCCCGAGCUGAAGAGCCUGAUCCGCGCGGGCAUCCCCCACGAGCACCGCUCCAAGGUGUGGAAGUGGUGCGUGGACCUGCACACCCGGAAGCUCAGGGACGGCGCCGGGCCCGGCCACUUCCAGGCCUUGCUGCAGAGGGCGCUGGAGAAGCAGAACCCGGCCUCCAAGCAGAUCGAGCUGGACCUGCUGCGGACGCUGCCCAACAACAAGCACUACGCCUGCCCCACCUCCGAGGGCGUCCAGAAGCUGCGCAACGUGCUGCUCGCCUUCUCCUGGCGCAACCCGGACAUCGGCUACUGCCAGGGCCUCAACAGGUUGGUGGCGGUGGCCCUGCUGUACCUGGAGCAAGAGGACGCGUUCUGGUGCCUGGUUGCCAUAGUGGAAGUUUUCAUGCCUCGGGACUAUUACACGAAGACUCUUUUAGGGUCCCAGGUGGACCAGCGGGUGCUCCGGGACCUGCUGAGCGAGAAGCUGCCGCGGCUGCACGCCCACUUCGAGCAGCACAAGGUCGACUGCACGCUCAUCACCUUCAACUGGUUCCUGGUGGUGUUUGUGGACAGCGUGGUCAGCGACGUGCUCUUCAAGAUCUGGGACUCCUUCCUGUACGAGGGGCCAAAGGUUAUUUUCCGUUUUGCCCUGGCACUUUUUAAAUACAAGGAAGAGGAGAUCCUGAAACUGCAGGAUUCCAUGUCCAUAUUCAAGUAUCUCCGCUACUUCACUCGCACCGUCCUGGAUGCCCGGAAGCUGAUCAGCAUCUCCUUCGGGGACCUGAACCCCUUCCCGCUGCGCCAGAUCCGGAACCGGCGUGCCUACCACCUGGAGAAGGUGCGUCUGGAGCUGACGGAGCUGGAGGCCAUCCGGGAGGACUUCCUGCGCGGGCGGGACUCCAGCCCCGACAAGGGCGGGCUGGUCAGCGACGAGGAGGAGGACGCCUGAGCGCGGGUGGGCCUCCAGCCCGGCGACCACAGGGCCGCUAGAAAGCAGACGCCCGGGCACCUGCGGGCGGGGUCCAGCCCGGCGACCACAGGGCCGCUAGAAAGCAGACGCCGGGCACCUGCGGGCGGGGUCCAGCCCAGCGACCACAGGGCCACUAGAAAGCAGACGCCGGGCACCUGCGGGCGGGGUCCAGCCCGGCAACCACAGGGCCGCUAGAAAGCAGACGCCGGGCACCUGCGGGCAGGCUCCAGCCCGGCGACCACAGGGCCGCUAGAAAGCAGACGCCGGGCACCUGCGGGCGGGGUCCAGCCCGGCGACCACAGGGCCGCUAGAAAGCAGACGCCCGGGCACCUGCGGGCGGGGUCCAGCCUGGUGACCACAGGGCCGCUAGAAAGCAGACGCCCGGGCACCUGCGGGCGGGGUCCAGCCCGGCGACCACAGGGCCGCUAGA